AUGUUCUCAACCUUCACAGGCAACUCGAGGCGGCCGAGAAACGUGAACCUAAGUGGACAAGCCAGCAACCCGUUCUCCAACACAUCAUGGACGCCCUCGGCCGUUUCGAACGCUACAAAGACCGUAUCGGAUGCCCAGGCCGACAGAGAAAAGCGACAGGCCGAGAGGCGACGUUUGAAGGCGGCAUCGCAGAUACAGAGAACAUGGCGAGGAUAUAGAUCGCGGUCUACUUUGAGGGACCAGCAUAGGCAUGACUUUGAUCUCAUCUAUCAGUCUCUACCAGAUAGCGAUGCUUCUCAGAGGAUAUAUGCUUCUUUUCCUCUCCUAUUAUCCUUCUUCUCCUCCAACCGAGCCGGCGACAUGCAACGUCUGUCUUUAUUCGUCAACGACUGUAAUAGUAUAUCUCUACAGCAAUUCAGCGACGCCAGCCGUCAUCCUUCUCGCCUUCAAAAGUUAAUGGUAAAGCUUGUGCAAGCUUUGGGUGUUUCAGUUUCCACAGACAAUACGCCAUUGGAACUACAAUAUCUCCUACUCCUGAUCAACCACCUGGCCACCAACUUCCCUUUCACGAUUCUUGGAUCGGUCGACGAAUACUAUACGGCGUUAGCCAAGUUUUGCCAAACAAGGCACAGUCAAGAAUGGGUGGAAAUAGUGGUCAAAUCUCUCUCGGCACCAUUGGAUGCAAGCGCAGGAAACAAUUCGAAUGCAUAUAGGGCGUUGGCGCUUCGAUUUUUAACAAUCCAAGAUAUCCAUCUCUUUGAGGAAAACAUUGACCGGAUGGCCCAAAGCAUCGACACGGAGAAGCUCGCAAGGGAGAUACUGGAUUCGUACAACUAUAAAUCCGACACCUUGCCCGAAAAAGAUCGCCUUUUCUGGCUCUUGGCUCAUUAUAUUGAUUUAAGCAGAGCUCAGAAGAGCUCAACUCAAAACCUGGUUCAUCUGAAGGUCAUUUUUACACAGCUAUCUGCUUUGUCAUCCGAUAUCAGUAUUCGAAUAAACCCCGACGCCCCGGCUACUGGGCCUCUUGUAUUCCCCUCCUCAUCUUACGUUUCCCGUCAACUAUUGUGGCUCGUUGACAAUCAUGGCAUUUCCAAUCUGCUACAUGACUUCUCCACCAGCCUGGCACAGUCUACAACCCAAGAGCUCGAAGGAAGUGAGCUCCUUGCUGGUUAUAUCUUGGCUUUGCUUCAGAGCUUCCCCAGCAGAGCCGACGAUACGCGCAUGAGGCUGUUUCUCGAGGAGAUACCUGCUGCAGAGGGGCAGGUCCCCAUUGUCAAGUACCUCUGGCAGAUGAUGACCAAGACCUCGGUGUUCCAAAAACUAAGGACAGAGUCUGAGCGACCAGCGAAAAUACUCCACAGAUACUUCUAUGGCAAUUCAGCUCAGCCCUCGUCGCAUACAGAAGAGCAAGAGUGGAGAAUUAUUCUGCUAUUCUUGGAGCUUUACACUUUCAUCUUAAGGAUCAGCGAUGACGAAGACUUUUUAAGUGGCAUUUAUCCCAAGGUUAUUAGUAGCGAUGUACCAAAGUCACGCACUCGAUCAUGCAGCUUGGCAUUGAAAGAUGUUGAGGCCCUCAUCACUUUCCUCAAAAAUACUGCAUUUGCUCUGCAUUAUAGUGUUCAAGAGAUCACCCAGACUCAAGCAGCUCUUGAGGCAUCAACAAAAUCCCGGUUAGACUCAUACUGGGGAGACUCGUCAAGAAACGCAGAGGAACCCAGGGGCUCCAGCAAGAGUUCAGCCUCAGAUGUCUCCACCAAACUCGAUCUAGAGAGCCUUCGCGCCAUCAUUACAACGACACUAAAAAUGCUCUACGAGAGAGACUCGAGGAAGCAUUUUCUGUCGGCAGAUCACUGGCUUAUGACGAGCAAACUGGAGAAGGAAGACUUCAUUGGAGCCGUCAUAGCAGAAGAAGAGAGGCAGAUUCAAGAACAGGCUGAUGAUAGUGACAUGGAGGCGGAUGACAGUCAAGAGCCUUCACUGGAGAGGAUCAAGGCUAACCAGAUGCGCGCCCAAAGGGAACGACGACUCGCCGAGAUGGGACCUAAACUGGAGGUAUUAAAACACAUCCCAUUUGUUGUUCCGUUUGAGACACGAGUGAUGAUAUUCCGACAAUUUGUCAACCUCGACAGAAUCCGCAGGGGCGGGAAUCAUGUGAUGUUGAUGGCUCCUGUGGGAAGGCAUCACGCAAAAAUCCGUCGCGGCCAGCUGUUUGAGGAUGCAUUUGAGCAGUUUUACCAGCUAGGAGAAGGCCUCAAGGACCCCAUCCAGAUCACUUUUGUCGACCAAUUCGAUACCCCUGAAGCCGGUAUCGAUGGUGGCGGUGUUACCAAAGAAUUUUUAACGAGCGUUACGUCAGAAGCCUUUGGAAACGGGGCUGGGGGACUGGGAAUGUUCACAUCCAGUGGUAAAGAACUGCUGUAUCCUAAUCCCACGGCUAUGGAUGUGCUUCGCGAAUCACUGCGAAAACGAUAUGAAUUUCUCGGCCGCAUUGUGGGAAAAUGCAUGUAUGAAGGCAUUCUCGUCGAUCUUGCGUUUGCCGGGUUUUUCCUCUUAAAAUGGCCGUCACCCAGUCGAAAAGAAGAGAACAGUUACAAGGGCAGUGUAAACGAUCUUCAAGACAUGGACGAAGAGCUAUACAGGGGCCUCCUUCACCUCAAAAACUAUUCCGGGGAUGUUUCGGCCCUGGGGCUUGACUUUACAAUAACGGAUCAGAUCUCGGCACCGGGCGAUCCUGUUGAGAUUGUCACAAGGAAGUUGGUACCUGGUGGUGAUGAGAUGGUGGUUACCAACGACAAUCGCCUACUAUACAUAUCAUACGCAGCUCGCCACCGCCUGGUCGUGCAGCCGGCUCCCCAGACGACUGCUUUCCUGCGCGGACUUCGCGAGAUUAUCCGGCCGUCGUGGCUGUCGAUGUUUAACCAGUCUGAGUUACAGCGCUUGGUUGGCGGCGACUCGUUGGCAAUUGACGUUGACAACCUACGCCAAAACACAGUCUACAGCGGCCUUUAUACCAUAGGCGAUGAUGGAGAGGAACACCCCACGAUCAAGAUGUUCUGGAACGUUAUGAACGGCUUCACAGACGCUCAGAGGCGCGAUGUUCUCAAAUACGUCACGUCGACUCCAAGAGCACCGCUGCUUGGCUUUGCGCAACUGAAUCCAAAGUUUGCCAUCCGUGAUGGAAGCUCGGACCAGGAACGACUACCCAGCGCGAGUACGUGUGUUAAUUUGUUAAAGCUGCCGAUUUACAAGUCGGAGUCGACUUUACGAAAGAAAUUGCUCUACGCGAUAACGGCAGGGGCCGGGUUUGAUUUGAGUUAG